AUGGCAAUCUGGGAUCUUGGCUUCGAGAGGCUCAUCAGGCGAAAGGGCAUUGAAACCACCAGGACCUUGAGACUCAGUGGCCCCUAUCCUGCUUCCCUCCGGUCAACCACAGAGGAUCCGUCUCCUGAAGAGACUACGGAGCAGCAGGAUUUGUCCAAAAUGAGGAGUCCCUGCAGUACAGGUGACACAAGUGAGAACCGCUGGCCAGAGGGUGGGGCCAUCCGGGGGGCCUGCAGUGCACCUGCUGUCUCCCCACCAUGCCAACUCAAGUUCCAGGAGCGUGACAGGAAGUGGGAGCACCCAGCAGAUGUGGCCCAGAAGCUGCAGGCCGUCUUCGUCUGCUUCACCUGUGCAGCCACGUCCCACCACCAGGCCCGCCCCCGGGUGGCACCCACCACUGCCCAGCCCACCUUCCCUUGAUCCGGCUGUGGCAAGACCUUUGGGCGGGCCACUUCUCUGAGGCAGCACCCCCAGGUGCAUGAGGCCUGCACCCCUUCUGGCCUCUGCCUGCCCACUGAGUGUGGUCAGGACCUGGCCCAGGAAGCUGGGCUGCAUCAACACUACAUCCCACAUGCCCGCGGGGAGCUCCGAAUGCAGCCUCAGCCUUCCCUCAGGCCGUGGCGGUUCUGUGCUUGGUGGGACCCUCCUCUGAUAUGCGAUGGGCCCUUGGAGGAAUUUGCUUCCUCCCUGGAAAGGGAAGGUGAGGUGCUGCUGGCCUACAAUGCCACCAGAUGGGUCCCAGACAUGGAGCAGCUCAGGCCUUCGGGGAUGCACAGCAAAGUUAAGGAGCCGUACUGA